CCCCGGAGGAGGUGUAGGGACUAGGAAACAACCACCGGACACGUGCCUUUGUUCGUUUUGCAUGCUGGGGGUUGUGGUCCUGGGCCCUUCCCGGCAAGGCUUGGGAGCUGGGAGGGGAGGAAGCUGACUCGGGGUGGAGCCAGCGAAGGAUUCCUGAGAUUAUGAGGCUCUGGCCUCCACCAAUUGCUUACCUGUGACAUCCUCCACCACAGUGGAACGCCCCAGGCCCACCUCCUGCCGUGUGGUCAUCUACCUGCAACGGGAGAUGUCCGGAGACACCUGCUUGGCUGGCCUGUGUCCAGCCUCAGGGUCUAAGCCCAAACCAGGAGGCUUCAAGGGCGGUGGGCUGGGCAACAAAUACAUCCAGCUCAAUGUUGGGGGCUCCCUUUACUAUACCACGGUUCGCGUGCUCACCCGCCAUGACACCAUGCUCAAAGCCAUGUUCAGUGGGCGCAUGGAGGUGCUCACUGACAAGGAGGGCUGGAUCCUCAUAGACCGAUGUGGGAAGCACUUUGGCACCAUUUUGAAUUACCUCCGAGAUGACACCAUCACCCUUCCCCAGAACCGGCAAGAAAUCAAGGAGCUUAUGGCAGAAGCCAAAUAUUACCUCAUCCAGGGGCUGGUGGACAUGUGUCAGGCAGCACUGCAGGAUAAGAAGGACUCAUAUCAGCCCGUGUGCAACAUCCCCAUCAUCACAUCCCCAAAGGAGGAGGAGCGACUUAUUGAAGCCUCUACUAAGCCUGUGGUGAAGCUACUUUACAACCGAAGCAACAACAAGUACUCCUACACCAGCAAUUCUGAUGACCACUUGCUUAAGAACAUUGAACUGUUUGACAAACUCUCUCUCCGCUUCAAUGGCCGUGUGCUCUUUAUUAAGGAUGUCAUUGGAGAUGAAAUCUGCUGCUGGUCUUUCUAUGGCCAAGGCCGGAAGUUGGCUGAGGUGUGCUGCACCUCCAUUGUCUAUGCCACUGAGAAAAAGCAGACAAAGGUGGAGUUCCCAGAGGCUCGAAUCUAUGAGGAAACACUCAAUGUCCUGCUCUACGAGACACCCCGAGUCCCUGACAACUCUUUGUUGGAGGCAACAAGCCGCAGCCGGAGCCAGGUGUGCCCUGGUGAAGAUGAGGAGGCCUUUGAACUACGGGACCGAGUCCGCCGCAUCCACGUCAAACGCUACAGCACCUAUGACGAUCGGCAGCUCAGCCACCAGUCUACCCAUCGGGAUUGACAGUGCCUCCCAGUCAUGGGACCCAGACAGCCCAAGUUACCCCCUCUGGGGUGCACCCAAACCAGCAUCAUUUGUUGGGCGAGUAUAUCUGCCUCUGCCUUGUAUAGAGGCUAAGGGGAGCAGAGUAGGGAAGGGCCUUUGUCCUGCUUCUCUUCUCUGCUCAAGGUGACUGAACCUUGCCCACCAAUGGCAUAGCUAAGCCUUUUCCCUCACCUGCCUGGUUCCCUGCUGGGAUAGCCCCAGGGUACUGUUCUUCAGGUCAACCUUAUAGCUCAGGGGAUCAGCCUCUCCAAAUUCUCACUAAGAAGACCCUGGAGCUCUAGGUCUUAGAUCUUUCUUGUACCUUCUGAUGGGUCCUCUUGCCCUUCACAAGUUUGGUAGUGGAGUGGGACACUGUUUUAGGGCCUCUUUCUGGGGUACAAUAGGAGCUGAGAAUUCAGUUCUAGGAAUGGAGAGGCCCUAGGCAGUCCUCUAGGAAAUUUCCAAUCACAGGUUUAGUUAAGCAGCAGCUUUUUUUAUAAGGAAGAGGAUAUUUUAAAUUCUAUGACUGAGCCACCCCUUCAGAGAGGGUAAGUGGGGGAGGCUACCUCAACUCCCCUUGGUUCUCUUGGAUCAUUAAUGUAGUUUCUUCAGAAUGUUUUAUUCUUCUGCAAAAAUAUCAACCCUUAUCCAUUGACUUUUCACCAGAGGAAACAAGGUAAUCUCCCCAUGUUUUCUUUUUUCAACCCUGUUCUGCCUCAUUCCCUAGGACCCAAUCCAGAGAAGCAAGGAAAGGUCACUCAGUUCCCUUUUUGGAUGAAAAGAAUGAAAUGGUUGGUCUUGCUAUUAAAAAAAAACCAUAGGGUCCGACUGCCAGGGCCCUGGAAAAGUUAAGAAAAGGCCAAAUUUUCAGGCUGGAACAGUGGUAGGUCCAGCUGAAGAGAAACUUAGUUUUUGCCAGCAUAUAACCUUCACCAGGGACUCCAGACAUUACCCUAAGGAUGGUUUCUACCUCUGUUCUUUUUUUUAGCUCUUUCCCCAUAUGGGUGCACCCUCAACCACACUUCUGAUAUGUUCUCUAAAGGACCAUGAGGUGGUGGUGCCUGCAUCUUGCCUGCAGUAGAUGGUCACUUGGCCACACAAAUAUCUCUUGGCGUUCAUGUUUAAUGGGCAUGCUUCUGAAAAGGGUAGCAUGGUAGCUUCAAAAAGCAAUGGUUCCUGUGGCCUUUACAGAGCAAUAAUACAGAAGGGAAGAGCCCAAGCUCCCUUCAAGCCUUUGUCCCUUCUUCUGGAUCAUUUAGCUUAUGGAAUCUUCACUGCCAGGGGAUGAGAACUCUCUUCUGGGCCACAGGCCCCUCUUAGUUUAAUCUCCGGAGAAGGAUCUUUUCAGAAUUCUUUUCCAGAAGCCAGUGCCUCCUUCCUCCCCAGAUGAUUGUGGUCAUCAAAUCAGCUAAUGCCUCUCAAGCUCUUCCUGCCUCUAUUCUACUUCUAGGAGCCCAUACUGGCCUUUGUUUCUUGGUUCAUUCUUUCAAAAUCUUGAAUGUAGCUCCAAGACCCUUAGAAUGGCACCUUCACAGCCACCUUUUAAUGUUCCCACCCCUCAUCAAAGCAAGAUAAUUGUAAGUUAGCCUUUCUUUGACUGGGGAGAUAAUUGGCGUCAACCCGUUCUGCCUAGUUCUACACCUCAGAUGUUUUUUGAGUGUGGUCUGAUGACCAACAGUUUAACUCACUGUUACAUCCUUUGGCAUUCAAGGUGGAAACUCGGGCUAUUACCUCUCAUUUGGCUUCCAUUCACUGCUCUAACCCCCUCAAGGUGGUCCUAGGCCACCUGCCUGGACAGGAAGAGCUCUGUGGGCUCAUGGAAUAUUACCACCCUUUUCUCUGGUCUUUUUCCAUACAGAACUGAAGGCAUGUUGUAGGCAUUAUCUUAAGUUGUCCAGGCUGAAACUAUCAGAAUUCUUGGUCUGCUGACCACUGCUGCUUUCACCAGAAACACUAUAUAGUUGGAGAAUUUCCUUUAGAAAACACUAAGUCUGCAAUCAAAAGUAGAUAGAUUUUUCAAGUGUUCACCAGAAAUCCUUAAGUCACUCAUCUCUUAGCUGUGGAAACUUCUGACUUCAACAGCCAGAGUAAAUGAAAAAUAGAUCUGAGACAAUCACUGCCUGACUGCAGAACCUGCGGCUAUGGCCCUUCCCCCAAACCCCAGCUCAACUCUAAGUGGCUUUGGUAUUUGUUUUGUAUAGCACUUUUGAAUGACUGUCCUACCUUUUUUAAGCUGCUGUUCCUGUUGGUUUCUUAAGUCAGAACUGGACAACCUUCCCCUAACAUACACCAAGAGGUUUGGGGGAGGCAUAACAAUGGCUCAGAUGUGGUAUUGCUAUUUACUGCCCCCAGACCCUAUGCUUGAGACUUCAGGCAGGCCCCAUUUUGGCAGUUUUGUUGGAAACCAACAGCCAGCUAAUAGCUGGAGAUUAUGCUUUGUACAAUCAGGCUGCUUCCUGCUCCAAGGGAGGUCUAAGGAUGAUCUUCCCAUCUCUGCCUCAAAGGUCAGGUAGGCCCUUGGCUGAAAUGAAGGCCUCAUUCUUUUUGUUAACCUUCUAAAUGGCGAUGUUUCCUCUCCCUGAUUAGCACAGGCAAUGGAAGCAAACACUAAUUUUUAAUAAAAUCCUGUUACACUGUA